AUGGGUGCCAAGUCACACAAACCCAGCAAGGCUCAGGCAGAGCUCGUCCCUAAUCAGCUGAAAGAUCUUCCAAUAGCCCUUACAGCCGAAGAAUGCAGAGGCAAGACUUAUAUCGUCACGGGUGCCAACGGAGGCCUUGGCUAUGAAGCCACCAAGCACCUCGUCCGUCUUGAAGCUGCCAAAGUCAUCAUCGGCGUGCGCAAUGCGGAAGCUGGCAAGGCCGCAAAAUCAACAAUCGAGGCAGAGACGAACCGCAAAGAUAAAAUCGAAGUGUGGGAUCUUGACUUGGCCUCGUAUGGCUCUGUCAAGGCCUUUGCCAAGAAGGUUGAAAGCCUGGAGCGGAUUGAUGCGCUCGUUUUGAACGCGGGCGCUUUGAUAUCGGCCUGGGAGGUGAAGGAGGGCAACGAGUCCAACAUCACCAUCAACGUGAUGUCUAACUUUCUGCUGGCCGUGUCAGUCCUCCCGCACCUCCAGGCUAUUGCGAAGCAGCAUGAGAUUAAACCGCAUUUGGUGUUUGUCGGCUCCGUGGGCGGACUCUUCACCGGCGAACAGGUCAAGAAGUUUUCCAAGACGGACAUCUUGGAUGACUUGAACGACCAGGCAAAAUGGAAGCGCGACAUGCCUGAUCGUUACACCGUGUCCAAAUUUCUGGAGCAUAUUGCCACGCGAGAGCUGGCGGCUCUUGUGCCAGUCUCUGAAAGCGGCGUCGUCAUCAACGUCGUUGAUCCUGGCAUGUGCAAGACUAAUCUGACCAGGAAUGUGAGCUUCUUCGACCGCAUCAAGGGGUGGCUCGCUAAGGCGGCGAUGGGACGGACGGCCGAGAUGGGUAGUCGGACGUUGAUUCAUGGUAUUGCGGCUAGUGAGGAGAGCCAUGGGAAAUACUUGACUGCCUGUGAGAUUCGAGAGGACCAUAUUCCAGAAUGGAUGACGGACGAGUCGGGCAAGGUGCUACAGAAACAAAUUUGGACAGAGCUGGCUGAGAGAUUGGACAAGAUUCAGCCUGGCGUGGUGGCUGCUAUCAUCCAGAACUAG